UGUGCGAAUACUUACGCUCCAUGUUAUAACACGUUUGAAGAGAAGUUGCCGUGAUCUGGAAAAUAGGGUGGUGAAUUUACGUUUUAACGUUGAAAGACGUUGCUGCAGUAUCUCAAUUUCUAUGGCUGGUGCCUGUUCGGUAAAAUAUAUCAUUUCCGAAAAUCAGUUAGCGAAUUCGCGCGUUCAAAAGGCCUUUUGUAUAUGAAAAGUGAGAAGUUUAGUGUGUGAGGUUAUAAAUACAUCAUUCUUGGAAGUUGAGUGUGAGUCGAGGCUAGAUAUGGCAGACCAGUCACUUGAUUUCUAUAGGCUUGAAUGCCCGAUAAACAUAUUCGAGUCAUCAUUCGAAGACGACGAGCCAGGAGACAACGAAAAUGAAUUUCAGAAUGGUGACGAGAAGAAGCGGCGAGACAGCGUGGACUCGAGCUAUUCGCUGAACGGUGAGCUCGACGCGGCCCGAAUGUACGAUCAGUAUUCCUACAAAUCAACGAGAAGCGAGAACAACCUCGACCUGUCCCUGAACGUGCCGCAACACCACCAGUCGUCGUACCACCAUCAUCACCACGACGGCGGUUACAACAUGGCUGAGCAGACGUUUCACACGCCGAGCUUCGGCGACGAGGACUUCGACAUACCGGCGAUGCACUCGCAUCCACAGCAGCAGCCGCAACAGCAGCAGCCACAACCGCCACAGCAGCACCCCCAACAACAGUCCCACGAGCCGAUGCAUCAUCCAUACCAGUCACAGGUACACAUACGCAUGAUGCCAGGUCCCGGUAUGCAACAGUCGACGGAUGGUCUAAGUCUUGAUCCCGGCGGGUACCAGCAGCCACUUUACCUGCAGCAGGAGCAUCCCAUGCAGUCGAUCAACGUCAGCUCAGCGUACAGUAGUCCCCAAAGCUCAUACACGACAAUGAGCUCGGCGAGUCAGCAGCACAGCGGCCAGCAGCAAAUGCUGUUGAUACAGCAGCAGCAGCAGCAGCAGCAGCAGCAGCAGCAGCAACAGAUGCAACACAUGCAAUACCUGCACUCGCAGCAGCAGCAACACAUGCAGCAGCAGCAACAGCAGCAGGCGCCGCCGCCGCCGCCGAUACAGUACAGGAGCCCAUCGGGCGGAAGUCCACCGGCGAUGCAACAGACCGGUGUGCCCGAGCACACGACCACUAGCGAGGACAGCGACGACAGCACGCCACAUUCGGCGAUGAUAACCGGUAUCAAGAGACCAUCGCCAGAGCCUGCCGACACGAUGAGCAAGGCGCAAAAGAAACCAAAGGCACAGAAGAAGAAGAAGAAGCGGGACCCGAAUGAACCCACAAAGCCAGUAUCGGCAUACGCGCUGUUCUUCCGAGACACACAGGCGGCCAUCAAGAGUCAAAACUCGAACGCGAGUUUCGGCGAGGUCUCGAAGAUCGUGGCUUCGAUGUGGGACGCCCUCGAUACCGAGCACAAGGACGUGUACAAGAAGAAAACCGAGGCCGCGAAGAAGGAGUACCUGAAGGCGCUGGCAGCCUACCGAGCCUCCCUCGUCCAGAAGGGCAGUGAGGAGCAGCAUCAGGCAGCCACAGCGGCAGCGGUUGCAGCUCAACAACAGCAGCAGCAGCAGCAGCAACAGCAGCAACAGCAGCAACAGCAACAGCAGCAACAACAGCAGCAGCAACAGCAGCAACAGCAGCAGCAACAGCAGCAGCAGCAGCAGGUUCAGUACGCUGGUUACGGGCCACCCUACGCUACGGCAAGCGGAGCGCCCGCUUAUCAAGUUUACAGUCCCCAGCCACCGUCGCCACAGCAGCAGAUCAAAAAGUCGCCGCAUCAUCUGUCGCCCAGCUCGCACAUGCAGCCGGCUCAGCAUCAGCAGAGUCUAAUGGGCAAUCCAAUGGCACCGCCUCCUCACAUGACGCAGCAACACAUGCAGCAGCAAGUCCCGCAGCAGCAGUAUAUGCAGCAGGUACCACAACAGCAAGUGCAGAUGCAACAGCAGCAACAGAUCCUGCACAUGAGCCCCCCAAGGGUAAACGAGACUCUAUCAAGUCCGCCGCCUCAGCAUGUGAAUGGUUCACAGGUCAACUCUGCUUCAAUCACCCAGCAGCAACAACAGCAGCAACAACAGCCACCUAACCAGUGUAUUCGUCAGGGCUGUAUCAACCCUGCCAUCUCAAACACUGAGUGGGAGGAUGAGUAUUGCAGCAAUGAGUGCGUGGUCAGUCAUUGCAGGGAUGUAUUCCAUACCUGGGUUCCAACAAAUCAAAACCCCCAGCAGAACUUCUCGACAGUGAAGUAAAGAGAAUGGAAAGAAAACAAGACGUAGAUUAUAAUGAAGAAUAAACAUACUAUACAGACCCAUAUGCGUUGGAUUUUCGACAAAUCGAAGGAAGUCUGUCGACGACUGAGAUAACGAAAUAAGUCUUAUUUGGUGUGUACAUAGCGCAAGACGACGAAGAGGAACGAAGAGAUUGAUUUUCUUGCUUUUUUUCUUUUCUUUCUUUUUUUUUCUUCUUUGUUAACGUAAUCUAAACUUUGAGCCCUGGACUGAAUUGAAUCGUGAACGCGGGGCGCAAUCACAAAGCCUCUUCUUCGUUCGUCUCUUCUUCGAAUAAAAGAAAUCGCGAUGUAUGUGAAAGCCAAUGAACGACGCAAAAAAAUAUUACGGAAGAGAGAUCAAAAUAUUAAUGACAAAAAUUCAACGGAAAAGAGAGAAAAUCGAUUGUAUUAACAUUAAGCCAAUAGUUUAUUUUUCACGUUGAUGUAUUUCUUGUCUAUUUAUUAUAUUGUUUCAUGAGGAUUGCAAGUAAAGAAAAACAAAGUCGUACGGCGCUUCUAUUAUUGAUUUUGAAAGUGCAAAGCAACGGAUAAGGUAGAUACUUUCAAGUAUAAAAUCAUUUGAUAAGCGAUAAUUAAAAUUGAUGGAUAAAUAAUUGUAGCGUGAAGAUACAAAACAACUUGCAUGUAAAUAAGAUAAAAGCAAACAAAUACACAGGCGUACUCAAUAUACGAAUACAUAACUCUUUGUAACUUUUUUCCAGAUGGAUAGAGAACGGCAAAAACCGGUGAAGCUCUAGACAUUGUUGUUUUUGUCGUACAUUUUUAUGAGAUAGAUAACGAAAUGUAAGAGUACGAAUUUCGCGACGUAUUCAUUGUACUACUCGACUAAUGACAAACAUCAAUUGCUAAUCAAAUGUUAUAAAACUGAUCAGUUAAAUAGUUGUAUCGUGUUACGGAGCAUGCGUCUGUAUAUACGCAAAAAAGAAACUUGUUUACUUGCGAACGUGUCUACUCCAAUGAUUCUUGCUCAUUAUUUUUUAAAAUUUGUUACGGUUGAUUGAGUCAGAAAUAUUUAUUUGUUCGGAAAGUACUUUCGACAACCAAUGAAUAUUUUAUGUAACGUCAAAUAAAAUUUGCGUUGAAGGAUAUUGAAGUAGAUAUGUUCUUGACAUACCGCGGCAAUGAAUGUUAAAAAAGCGAAAGAGAGAGAGAAAAAAAACACGGAAACGGAAGAUUGACAGUAUGACACAAAGAUAAUGAUUACGAAGAUAAUCGAAUUGCGGGGCCGAUCGAUAGUAUAUGUUCCUGACUGCUUUUGCCGCUCCUAUGGUGGCUCUGAUCGGGGGCUAUUAUAAAUAUACGUGAAUAGUUAUAUAAAUAUAUAUACAAUAAACAUAAUUGAUCGUCGUGUAAAAUAAAUAAUAAUUAGGCAGUCGGAGUGAUGCCUAAUACAAUUACACAUCCUUAUAUGCACUUCUCCCUGUGUCCCUUGUCCUAUUCCAUUGUAUACCUUUUUCAAUUAAUAGAAAUCUAUUUACUUGGUAAGGUUGUGUUAUUGCUCAUCACUAUCUGUCUCUCUCUUUCGAAAAUCUUUUUAUUUUUUCAUGAUAAGGGUAUUACAACAGCGUGCAUAAGAUGAUUUAUUGUGUAUGCUGAAUGUGCCGACUAAAAAAUACUUUUAAUAUUUUUAUUUUGUUUUUUAUUACUACUAUUAUGAAUAAUUAUAAUUUUAUAAUUUUUAUUGGUCGAUCUGAUUAUUUUGUUGCCAGUUCCUGAGUGCCAAUAACUUCAUUUUUGUUUGUAUGAAUUACAAUUUCCAUUUCGUUAAUAAAUAAUACUUGUGAAAUAGUGGAAGUAGUUGUUUUUAUGUAAUUGCGAUAGUAAAAGAAUCGAAUCAGUAUAUUGUAUCUUGUAGAUCGUAUAUAAAAUUGCAAAAUUUUAAUCCGAAUUAAACAGUCCUUCCCGAAAAAUUGGGGUAUUAUUUCAAAUAUUACGUACAAAAUGACUACUUCCGACGAGUUACAUAUGUUACAUGUUUACUGGCACAAUAUAACAAAUAAAAUUUCGCAUUUUCUAUUUGCGCGACUUAAAUAUUUCUAUUUAAUCAUGCAGGUCGAUUCUGAGCUUCAAAAUGAGUUUUCAAAUGUUAUCGGCAUCAUUUUUUUUGUAUGUUUCUUAGUUUAUUGUCUACUUUUUGUUAUUACGCCGAGAAAUUAAUGUCACGUGAAAGUUUGUAAAAUAGAUGUUUUCAAAGUAGCACUGGUUUUUAUGAUUAAAUAAUAACAGUGUAUGAAAUUAAAAAUAUAUGUAAACAUCUUAUUGUCACAACUUUUACGUGCCGGUUGCGUUUUUUUCACUCGUGCGUUUCAUUACUUGACUUUAUUAUUACUUUUAAUUAUAAUGAAUAUUUUUGCAUAAAACUUAUUCCUUUUUCAUGUUCUUAUUGUACAUACAUAAAAGAAAUAUUUGAUAGAUAACUAGAUUAAGACGUACAACAAAUUAUAGUCGAUACUGUAUUAUAUACCAAUAAUGAUUUGUGGUAUAUUAAGAUAAAGCACGAUAUAUAAAUAUUAUUAUUACAUAAAGAAGUAUAAAUAUAUUAUAUUCGCAUGUAAAGUGUCACAAACUCGCUCGAACGCCCCACGUGGCUACUGGUUUUUUUUCAAUCAGUAAAAAUUUCUCAUAAAAUUGCCACAUUGGAUUUUCAUUAAACAAAAAAAAAGUUUCAAAAACAACUUCAGCGGUGAAAACAAGAAAUCAACAAGAAAUCCCAGCGAGCGAAUUUGUACAGCUUACGUGGAGCCUCCAAUCGAUAAUUACGACUGGCGAGCAUAGUUAUUGAUUAUUAAAUAAUUAAGAAAAAAACGUUGGGUAAAUAAGUCGCUGUAGUAGGCGAAGAUUCUUAACGACAGGGACAUGAGUUCACGAUAACAUUGACGCGAGGAGAAUGAACAUCGUAAUUUCGUCAACGGACGAAUCAUUUUCAUGAGAGAAGAAAAGAAAAAAAUUGUUCUUCAUGACCGCACGAAGCUCUAAAUAUCUUACAUAGAAAGACAUGUUCUGUUUUUUGUUUUUGAUGUACGCGAGCAUAUAUUAAGUUUUAAGAGCAAUGCAAUAGAUAUACGAAGUAAAGUAACUGCAUACACUCUCAAAAAUAAAUAAAUUACUCAGACACGCUAAGGAUAAACAAAAACCUAAAUCUAGCAACUAUCAAGCGUAUAAUAGUAGCACUAGCACUACACAUCAAAAGCUAAUUAUAUGAUGGUUAUUUGCAAUGAUUUAUGUCCGUUUCUAUUGUUUUCUGUACAAAGACUUCAUUAUUAAACAAUUUAAGUCCCAACAUUUA